UGAGCAAACCUCUCUCUUCUGCUUAUCGCUCUCUUUAUAAAGAUACAUAUAUACAUCAGUUGUUAUACAAGGUUGAAAGAGAGUGAGAGAGAGCAUCAUCAUCCAUGGCUGUCUUGGCAGUGAUUAUUGGUGUUGUUUUGGGACUUUGCCUGUUGAGCACUGCCCUUUUGAGAUGGAAUGAGAUGAAGUACAGGAAGAAAGGUCUACCCCCUGGUACCAUGGGUUGGCCACUUUUUGGUGAGACCACUGACUUCCUCAAACAAGGCCCCAGCUUCAUGAAAAACCAGAGAGCAAGGUAUGGAAGUGUGUUCAAGUCACACAUCUUGGGGUGCCCAACAAUUGUGUCAAUGGACCCAGAGCUCAACAGAUACAUACUCAUGAAUGAAGGCAAAGGCAUCCUUCCUGGCUACCCACAAUCCAUGCUUGAAAUAUUGGGCAAAUCAAACAUUGCAGCUGUUCAUGGUCCUGCUCACAAGACCAUGAGAGGUGCAUUGCUUUCACUUGUUAGCCCCACAAUCAUCAGACAACAAAUCCUCCCCAAAAUUGAUCAUUUCAUGAGAUCCCAUCUCUCCAACUGGACUAAUCAAAUCAUUGACAUCCAAGAGAAAACCAAAGAGAUGGCACUUCUAUCAUCACUAAAACAAAUAUGUGGAGUAGAAUCUAGCUCAUUAUCUGACCAAUUUAUGCCUGAGUUCUUCAAACUGGUGUUGGGGACACUUUCACUUCCAAUUAAUCUUCCAAACACCAACUAUCACAGAGGAUUACAGGCCAGGAAGAAUGUUGUGAGGAUGUUGGGUGAGUUGAUUGAUGAAAGAAGAAAGUCUAAAGAAUCUCAUGAUCAAGAUAUGUUGAGUUCAUUGAUGAGUGGUGUGGAGAAUAGAUAUAAGUUGAGUGAUGAAGAAAUAAUUGAUCAAAUAAUUACCAUUUUGUAUUCUGGGUAUGAAACAGUUUCCACUACUUCAAUGAUGGCAGUUAAAUAUUUACAUGAUCAUCCAAGGGUUCUUGAAGAACUUAGAAAAGAACAUUUAGGAAUCAGAGAGAGAAAAAUGGCAGAGGACCCACUUGACUGGGAUGACUACAAGUCCAUGAAGUUCACUCGUGCGGUGAUCUUUGAGACCUCCAGAUUGGCAACCAUUGUUAAUGGUGUUUUGAGGAAAACUACCAAAGAAAUGGAACUCAAUGGAUUUGUGAUUCCAGAAGGAUGGAGGAUAUACGUAUAUACAAGAGAGAUAAACUAUGACCCGUGUUUGUACCCGGAUCCAUAUACCUUCAACCCGUGGAGAUGGCUGGAUCGAAGCUUGGAGACACAAAAUUAUUUUUUCAUCUUUGGAGGUGGGACGAGACAAUGUCCCGGAAAAGAACUCGGCAUUGCCGAAAUAUCGACUUUCCUUCAUUACUUUGUAACUAAAUACAGGUGGGAAGAAGUGGGAGGAGAUAAGCUUAUGAAAUUUCCAAGAGUUGAAGCCCCAAAUGGACUACAUAUUAGGGUUUCAGAUUUAUGUGCAUAAAAUAUAAUAAUAAAAUCCAAGAGUGUACAUGUACAAAUGAUUGAUAGUAGUAGAUUUUGACACAUUGCUAGAGAUUGUACAAAAUUAUUUUUCUAACAAAGUAGGGUUUUCUUUUUUACUUA